AUGGCCCGCAGAAUGCACGGGCUCCAGCCAGGCGAGCAGCCCGUCGCUCGUAAAAACCCGAUCCUUCCAGGAUCAAGCGACGACGGAACUCUCUCCGAAGAUCCAGGCAAACGAGCUCCAUGCGUGCUCGGCGAUCGCUCCUUCGAGGAUGUCACCAACAUCGUCUGUGGAUACGCCGAAGCCAAAAUGCCCAAGCCGUGGCUCGCCGCACUGACCAUCACCUCGUCCAUCGCCGCACUCGGGACCGGCAUGAUCCUCUAUCUGAUCAUCACCGGCGUCGGGGUCUGGGGUCUCAACAACCAGGUCGACUGGGCAUGGGACAUCACCAACUUUGUGUUCUGGAUCGGUAUCGGUCACGCGGGAACACUCAUCUCCGCGAUUCUCUGUCUGCUCAAGCAGAACUGGCGCACCGCCGUGAACCGUUCCGCAGAAGCGAUGACCAUCUUCGCGGUGGUCUGUGCAGGCAUCUUCCCAGGCAUCCAUGUGGGUCGAGUCUGGUUCGCGUGGUUCCUUGCUCCGCUCCCCAACUCCAACGGGAUCUGGCCAAACUUCCGCUCGCCGCUCCUCUGGGAUGUGUUCGCGGUCUCCACCUACGCAACAGUCUCCCUCCUCUUCUGGUACAUGGGCAUGAUCCCCGAUGUCGCGACACUCCGCGACCGUGCGUACAUGCGUCUGACCAAAGGCAUCUCGCGUCCGAUGGCGCUCCCGAUGCCGAUCGGGAAUGACAUCCCGCUCCCGAUGCUUCCUAAGCCUGACCAACUCCGUGUCCUCAUCUACGGCUUGAUGUCCCUCGGAUGGCGCUUCUCCAGUCGACACUGGCACCGCUACGAAAAGGCGUACCUGAUCCUCGCAGGGAUCUCGACCCCGCUCGUGCUCUCUGUGCACUCGAUCGUUUCCUUUGACUUCGCGACCUCCGUGAUCCCAGGUUGGCACACGACCAUCUUCCCGCCGUACUUCGUCGCGGGUGCUGUGUUCGGCGGAUUCGCGAUGGUGCUCUGGUUGAUGAUCCCGCUCCGGAUCAUCCUCCCGAACUUCUCAGACUUGCUCACCAAGCGUCACCUGGAGAACAUGGCGAAGAUCCUCCUGCUCACAGGAACCAUGGUUGGUUUCGCCUACGGCAUGGAGUUCUUCAUCGCGUGGUACGGCGCCAACGAAUACGAGUUCGCCGUCUUCGCGGACAACCGUGUCAAUCCAGCCAAAGCACCGUACUGGUGGGCCUACUGGACAAUGAUCAUUUGCAAUGUGGUCUUCCCGCAGCUGUUCUGGUUCCGCAAGAUGCGUCAGAACCCGCUCGUCAUUUGGAUCGUCGCAACCGCAGUGACCAUUGGUAUGUGGUUCGAACGCUUCGUGAUCAUCGUGACCUCGAUCCACCGAGCAUUCCUCCCAGGUGAAUGGCACAUGUUCUUCCCGACAUGGGUCGACAUCCUCACCUUCGUCGGCUCGUGCGGCAUCUUCAUGACGCUGUUCCUGCUGUUCCUCAAGUUCCUCCCGGUCUUCGCGCUCGCAGAGCUCAAGGAAGGAGAUCAACGAAUGAACCCCAAAGAACUGAUCUCAUUUGUCGCCGAUUACUUCCCGAUGCUGGUCCGCAAACCAGCACCCAAGUAUGUCAGCGAAUCCGGAAACCGCGUCUACGGCAUGGUCGCCGAGUUCCAUGAGACUCCCAAGAUCUAUCACGCCGCAGAGAUCGUCCGUGACGCUGGUUACUCCAAGUGGGAUGUCCACACCCCAUUCCCGAUCCACGACAUGGAAACCGCGAUGGGGAUCAAAACCACCAAGCUCCCGAUGAUGGCCGGCGCCGCCGCGAUCACCGGCGUGAGCAUCGGUGUCCUGCUGCAGUGGGGGACCACCGCGUUCCUCUACCCUACCGUCGUGCAAGGGAAGCCCUUUGAAGCUUGGGAACCGUUCGUCCCCAUCAUGUUCGAGCUCGGCAUCCUGCUGACCGCGUUCAUGUGUAUCUUCGGGAUGCUCGCUCUCAACGGGCUCCCACGCUUCCACCACCCGCUCUUCUCACACGAGCGUUUCUACAAAGUCUCCGACGACCGCUUCUUUAUUGCUAUCGAAUCAACAGACCCAAAGUUCGAUCCGAGCGAAACCCGCGCCCUGCUUGAGAAAGCCGGAGGCACCGGGAUCGCACUCAUCGAGGGGCUCUCCAUGCUCCUCGGACUCGUGGUGCUCGGCUCUUCACUGAGCGCCAUGACCGGUUGCCGCGGAGAUCGAACCGAUAAGCCGCCGCGUCGUUUCUUCCCCGACAUGGACUACCAACCGAAGCUCAAGCCUCAGUCAGAGACAGAGUUCUUCGUUGACGGCAACUCCAAUCGUGAUCUCGUCGAAGGUACCAUCCCCUUCGGAACGACGACGCAUGACACCUCGGGACUCGAGAACACCGACUGGGCAAACAAGAUCGUCGCUGAUCGCGCUCGCAUGCUCAAGGACGAUGAGACCUUCUACUUCGGACUCGUCGCUGGUUCAGCAGACGCCGAGACACCCCAGUAUGUCGAUCGCAUGCCGAUGCCGGUCACUAAGGAACUGAUCCUUGAGGGGCAAGAACAGUUCAACAUCUACUGCUCCGCAUGUCACGGCUACGACGGACUCGGAGGAAGCUCAGGGACAGUCGGCCGUCUAUGGUCGAUCGCUCCCGCAAACCUUGCAGGUGAUCAACGCUUCAUCGAUCGCUCACAAGACUCCGCGAAAGACGGCUACCUCUUCCAUGUCAUCCGCGAGGGGCUCUACACCCCUGACGGACAGAUCCGCAUGCCUUCUUACAAGCACGCGGUCAACCAAGAAGAAGCUUGGGCGAUCGUUGCAUAUCUGCGUGUGUUGCAAGCCGCACAGAAUGUUGAUCCGUCAACAGUCGAUCAAUCCUUGCUUGACGCGACCGGCUUGUCCGAUCAUGAUUGGAACCAUCGUCUUGAGCGCAUCGCAAGCGACGCGCGCAUGCACGAGGACAACAUCCACCUUCCGAAAUCCGCAGCAGCGAAGAUCGGGCGCCCGAUGCUGAUCCUUGGUCUCGUUGGUCUCGUCGUCGCCGCAGUCGGUGCCGUCUCGAUCAAUGUCGCCCACGCGCUCGCCGGGAUCGAGAUCGGUCUGUUCACAGUCCUCGCGAUCUCGCUCGGAUCGCUCUUCUGGACGAUGGUCUUCCACGCACUCAACGCCGGAUGGUCCAUCACCCUCCGUAGACAGUUUGAGAAUCUUGCCUCGCUCAUCUGGAUCCCGUCAGUCUGCUUGAUCCUGAUCGCGAUCAUCGAGGUCAUGUCACAAGGCAUCCUCCUGACUUGGCUCGAUCCCGCUGUUCGCGAAGGCAAUCACCUCCUCGAAAUCAAAGCACCGUACCUCAACGGCACAGCGCUCAUCGUCCGUGUCAUAGUCUACGCGAUCUGCUGGAUUACCCUCUCGCGUCUGCUCCUCGGAUGGUCACGCAAGUGUGACGAAACCGGAGAUCGCACACUCGGACGCAAAGCACGCUUCUGGUCGAGCUUUGGUAUCCCAGUCUUCGCGCUCUCAACAACCUUCUGCGCCUUCGACUUCCUGAUGUCGCUCGAUUACCGCUUCUUCUCCACGAUGUGGGGUGUGUAUUUCUUUGCGUCUUGUGCGCUCGGAUCCGCAUCCGCCGUCGCGAUCAUCGCCGCACUCACCAAGUCCGCUGGUCGUCUCCAAGGCAUCGUGACCGAAGAGCACUUCCACGAUCUCGGGAAACUCGUCUUCGCGUUUGUCGUGUUCUGGGCAUAUGUCACCUUCUCCCAGUACUUCCUCAUCUGGUACUCCAACAUCCCAGAAGAAACCAUGUGGUUCACCGCGCGUCGAGCGAUCGGAUACGACUGGCUCUUCAAGGUCAUGCUGCUUGGCCACUUCGCCGCGCCGUUCUUGGUCCUCAUCUGGCGCCCCGUCAAGCGGAGCCCCAAGCUGCUCGCGAUAGUCGGCGCGUACCUCAUCCUGAUGAUCGUCCUCGACAUGGCAUGGAUCAUCCUCCCGAUGCUCACCGUCAACGACGCUGGACAAUCGGAGCCAACCAUCCCAGGUCACAUCAUCCAUGUGGCCGCGGUACUCGGAGUCAUCUUCACCUACGGCUGGUUCGUGACCGCCAAGAUCACUAAGUCGCCACUCAUCCCAACCAAGGACCCGAACACACCAAUGACCGAUGCAUUCCACGACCACUCACACGACGAAGCACCUCAACAGGCGCACGCAGAAGUCGCAUCACCAAAGGCAAUGGGCAUUACCCUCAUCCUUAUGGUGCUCGGCGUCCUCGCCGUGAUCAUCAUCCUCGUCGCGUACUUCGACUCAUUCAUGUCCAACUACCGUGCGGAGAUCGAUGAGACCUCUGCGCUCUCGGCACCGACAUGGGAAGAGAAGCAAGCCGUCCUCGCCAAACUCUCAUCGCUGAAUACAACGGGAACUAAACGCUCCAUGAUCUUUGCGAAGCACAAUCCGAUCACCGUACUCAUCGCCAUCUCGGCGACGGCGAUCGCUCUGCUCGCAGCUCCCGCAUCCGCUCAGCGCGUCCUCGAGAAAGAAGAAGUCCGCCAACUGAACGGCGUAGAUCUCCUCGAAUCCCAAGGGACGAAGCUCCCGAUGGAUCAGAUCUUCACCACCGCGGACAACAGAGAAGUCGCACUGGCGCAGUACUUCCUCGACGACAAACCAACCAUCCUCGCGCUCGUCUACUACGAGUGCCCGAUCGUGUGCCCGACCGUGCUCCGCUCGCUCGGGAACACCAUCAACGAUCUCGACUACACCGCUGGCGAAGACUACCGCAUCCUCGUGAUCUCUUUUGAUCACCAAGAGAACCCAGGUCAAGCGUUCGCCAAGCGUGAGAACUUCAUCCGCAACUACGAGCGUUCAGCAACCAACCCAAGCGUGCGUGAUGGGAUAGAGUUCUUCACAGGAUCCGAAGAAUCCAUCAAGGCACUCGCCGGAUCCGUCGGAUUCGCAUUCAACGAGAUCGCUGGAGGCGAGUACGCUCAUCCAAUCUCACUCAUGGCGAUCUCACCCGAAGGUGUGCUUACUCGCUACAUCUACGGCUACGACUAUCCAACACAAGACCUGAAACUCACACUACUCGACGCAAGCGAGGGACGCAUCGCCGACUCCAUUGGAGAUCGAAUCCUGCACUUCUGCUUCCGCUACGACCCGCUCGAGGGGUCAUACUCGCUCGUCGCGUUCCGCGUCAUGCAGAUCGGCGCAGGACUCGGCGCGAUCAUCCUUGCGAUCGUCAUUGGUCUCCUCUUCAUCGGAGAUCGUCGACAGUCAAAACUCAAACCCAUCAACCGGCACCGUCGCCGGCGUUUCCACGGGGCAUAUGUCAUGAACAUCCCGACGCUCGCAUCAUCAAACGCGUCCUUCCUCCAGAGAAUCAUCUUCGGCGAUAACGCCGCGUCCGAAGCCGCCGCAUGGUCCGACGGCCUCUUCAUGAUGAUCUUCUGGUUCUCCGCGUUCUUCUUCGUCCUGCUCAUGGGACUCAUGGUGUACUUCUGCAUCAAGUACCGCCGCAAGCCAGGUGUUGCCGCAGAGCCAUCCCCGCACCACAACCUCCACAUCGAGAUCCUCUGGACCGUCGUCCCAUCUGCAUCACUCCUCGUGAUGUUCGUGCUCGGAUUCAAGGGAUACGCGAUGAAGACCGUGUCCCCAACCGACGCGAUGGAACUCAAAGUAGACGCAUGGAAGUGGGCAUGGAAGGUCACCUACCCCAACGGCGCUUCGUCUCCAGAAACCAAGUUCCUGUCCUACCAAGAAACCGAUAUCGGGAUCUCGUCAGGUCUUGAGUACCCAAUCUUCUAUGUCCCUGAGGACACCGAAGUGAAACUCCGCAUGCACUCGCAAGAUGUCAUCCACUCCUUCUGGAUCCCAGAGUUCCGCACAAAGAUGGAUGUCAUCCCCAACCGCUACACCGGAUACGGCUUCAAGACACCAGAACUCCGCGACAGCGACACCGUCAUCCAAGUGGAUGACCAAGGAAUCUCCAGCGAGAUCCCAGGACGCGAUAUGUGGAUCUUCUGCGCCGAGUACUGCGGCGACGAACACUCCCGCAUGGCCGCGACCCUCCGAAUCGUCCCACGCGAGAUCUACGACGAGAAAAUCAAGUUCUGGGGUACACCAAAGGAUCCGAAGGUACUCGGUGAAACGCUCUGGAAAACCAUGUGCGCCAUCUGCCACUCGAUCGAUGGCUCACCCGGCACCGGUCCGACUUGGGGCACCGGAACAGGCUACGGCUACGGCUAUAUGGCGCAGAUGGAUGAUGGCACCGAGAUGAUGCGCGAUGCAAACUACAUCCGCGAAUCGAUCCUCGAUCCAAACGCCCACAUCGUCUCGGGAUACGCCCCCGCGAUGCCGUCCUUCCAAGGGCAGCUCUCGGAUACCGACAUUGAUGGACUCAUCGCAUUCAUUCAAUCCCUCUCGGACAAGAAUCCAAACGCUGACGAGAGCGGCGAAGACAAUCAACAGGCGGACGAUUCCGCUGGGAGUCCCCCAGGCAUGCUGUCCAAAGUCUGGCAGUGGAUGUCCACCGUCGAUCACAAGAAGAUCGGCGUCAUGUACCUCUUCGCCAUCCUCUUCAUGUUCUUCCUCGGCGGCGUCGCCGCACUCGCUGUCCGCUACGAGCUCAUGGAUCCCGUCCGCACAGUCCAAACACUCGACAUGGAAACCGGAGAGAUGAUCACCGUCACCACAGGUGAACGCCUCGCGGGACUCCAGGACAUCAUGGGCGCCAAGAGCGCCAACGAAGUAUACAACCGCAUGUUCACGCUCCACGGCGCGGUCAUGGUCUUCAUGUUCAUCGUCCCAUCGAUCCCCGCAUCGCUCGGGAACUUCUUCCUCCCGAUCAUGCUCGGCGCGAAAGAUGUCGCGUUCCCACGAUUAAACCUUCUCAGUUGGUACAUCUAUGUAACCGGCUGUGUGUUCGGCGUCCUCUCGAUCUUGAUGGGGGGUGUCGAUACCGGAUGGACCUUCUAUACGCCGUAUUCAACGACGACCGACGCGGACCACUGGCGCGUGGUCUUGAUGAUCCUCGCCGCGUUCAUCCUCGGAUUCUCAUCGAUCCUCACAGGUAUGAACUUCGUCGUCUCUGUUCACAAACUCCGCGCUCCAGGAAUGGGCUGGUUCGAUAUGCCGCUGUUCCUUUGGGCGAUCUACGCGACCUCCAUCAUCCAGGUCCUCGCGACCCCGGUCAUCGGGAUCACACUCCUGUUGCUCGUCUUUGAACGCACGAUGCACAUCGGGAUCUUCGAUCCAGCGAUGGGUGGCGAUCCGGUUCUGUACCAGCACUUCUUCUGGUUCUAUUCCCACCCUGUGGUGUAUGUGAUGAUCCUCCCCGCGAUGGGAAUCAUCUCAGAGCUCCUUGCGAUCCACUCACGCAAGCACAUCUUCGGAUACCGCGCGAUCGCGUUCUCCUCGCUGGGGAUCGCCGCCGUGUCCUUCCUUGUGUGGGGUCACCACAUCUUUACCGCGAUGGGUGAGCUCGCCGCGAUCCUGUUCUCCGGAUUGACCUUCCUUGUCGCGAUCCCAACUGCGAUCAAGGUGUUCAACUGGAUCGCGACGCUGUACAAGGGAUCGAUCGUCCUCAACACGCCGAUGCUCUAUGCACUCGCGUUCCUCUUUACUUUCUCGAUCGGUGGUCUGACCGGUCUCCCGCUCGCGACCCUCGCGACCGACCUCCACCUGCACGAUACCUACUAUGUCGUCGCGCACUUCCACUAUGUGAUGAUGGGUGGAACCGUCAUCGCGUUCAUGGGCGGCAUCCACCACUGGUGGCCGAAGAUGUUCGGAAAGAUGUACAACGAGAAAGCAGCCAUCCUCGGAUGCAUCAUCGUGUUCAUCGGAUUCAACCUGACCUUUUUCACCCAGUUCUUCCUCGGAACACAAGGCAUGCCUCGCCGCUACGCGAACUAUGUCGAUGAGUUCCAGACACUCCAUGUCAUCUCGACCUACGGCUCGUGGUUGCUCCUCCUCGGAUUCCUCAUCCAUCUCGGGACCUUCAUCGCGUCCUUGAUCGCAGGAGAGAAAGCACCUCCAAACCCUUGGGGUGGUCUGACCCUCGAAUGGGAAACCGAAUCCCCACCAAUCGAGCACAACUUCCACCACGAGCCCGUGCUCACCCAUGGCCCGUACGACUUCGAGACCACAGUCCGGAGCAACACAGACAUGCAAACAACACUCGAUGCAGAUACCACCCCCGCACCGGCGCACCUCGCCAAUCAUCCAACGCAUUGGCGCAACCGCGGCUACGCGCACCACUGGAAGAACCGUGACGAGGACUUCGAAGCAUCCAAGUUCGGGAUGUGGUUGUUCCUCACCACCGAAGUCCUCCUCUUCGCAGGGAUCUUCUGUGGAUACGCCGUCUUCCGCUUGCUCUACCCAGAUGCGUGGUCCAACGGCAGCCACUACCUCGACUGGCGCUUCGGUGCCGCCAAUACCGUGGUCCUGCUGAUCUCCUCGUGGACCGUCGCUUCCGCAGUCCGUUGUGCACAGCUCAACAAACAGAAGUGGCUCAAGAUCAACUUGAUCAUCACCCUGCUCUGUGCAGUGCUCUUCGUCUUCAUCAAACUCAAAUUUGAGUACUAUGUGAAGCUCGGAGACGGAAAGGCACCAGGUGUCUUCUUCACCUACGCGUUCGCAGAAAACCCACACGAAGUCCUCUGGUGGUCCCUGUACUAUGUCGGGACCGGAAUCCACGCACUCCACGUGCUCAUCGGCGCGUCACUGCUCGGAUGGGUCCUCUACCGCUCAUGGAAGUACCAAGCCUACGGCCCAACCGAGUACCUCAUGGUUGAAAACUCAGCGCUGUACUGGCACUUGGUUGACCUUGUUUGGAUCUUCCUCUUCCCACUCCUUAAUCACGACACACACGCAGAAGAACACGCCCACGGCCACCCAGUCGUUAGCUGGCAAAUCCAGCUCGGUGUCCUCCUCGCACUGCUGUUCUUCACCUUCACCACAGUCCUCUUCUACAACGCAGAGAGCUGGGUCGAACACGCAUUCGGAAUCCACCUCCCAGGCUGGGUAAACAUCAUCGGCGCGAUGUCCAUCGCGACCGUCAAAGCGAUCCUCGUCUGCAUGUACUUCAUGGGACUCAAGUACGACAAAGCACUCAAUACCUUUGCGAUGCUCUUCUGUCUCUUCUGUGUCGCGCUGUUCCUUGGAUUCUCAAUGAUCGAUCUCGACACACGCGACCGUGUUGAGCCGUGGAGAAAGCCGGAAGCGUCAUUGGGUGGAACCGGAAAGUCUCUGGAUUCCCCUCCGAUCGAUGCUCGUUUCGAUGCGAACCCAUCCCCAGCAGUCAGCACCGGAGGUCUGAGCAUCGUCGAGUUCCGCCGUCAGCAGAAGCUCGAGGAGAAAGGCUCCGAAGAAGCUUUCUGGGGAUACUACUACAAGAAACACGCACACCAUCGCCACAGUGCUGACAUCAACAACUACUUCGCGAAGCUCGGAUACGACCACCAUAUCGAACUCUCCGACGCAAACAAGUCAAUCCCACGCCACGGCCUUACACCAGGUCUCUUCGAUGCAGUUGAUCAACCAUUUCAAAUCGUCGAGGCCACCAUCGACGAGAAACCUCAUCUCAAAAUCAACUACGCCGAUGAAGAACUGCUGAUCCCAGUCACCAUCCCACCUCGUCAGCCGCUCCCGACGCUCUUUGAUCGUCAGCGUGAAUGGAUGUCGAUGAUGAUCCUCGCGGAUCGCGCGGGAAUGACCCUCGAUGAACUCGAGACCAAGAUCGAUCUCGGCGAAAUCACCCCAAGACUCAUCCUCGCAACCCGCACACCCUUCGGCGCCGAACCAACCAAAGACCCCAAGUUCGACUCCAUCGCCGUCGAACGCAACUGGGCAUGGGGCGAAGUCCGUCGCGACCUUUGGCUCUUCGACUUCUACGAGUUCAAUCCCGACGGCACCAUAACCGUCCACGAACCACUGCGUUGGCCCGAAUCCGGGAAGUCCCUCCUCCGUCGACAAAACUACGCCAAACUCAAAGGACAGCCGAUCCCAGAACGACAACCAGGCGAGAUCGUCGAAUACACAUGGCAAUACGGCGCCGCGAUCAAGCUCACCCCAAGACCACCCGCGAUCACGAUGGAGAACCAAGGUCUCCUCGCCGCGGGAUGGACCCUCCCAACCGCCGCGGGAUCGAUGCUCCUGCUCAUCGUCGCGAUCUUCUUCGCCAUCGCCCCUCCAAGAGUAACCGAAGAAAACUACGAACCACCGACCAACGCGUAA